AUGUUACAAUAAUUUCAAUGAAAUAUUAACAUAAACGUACAAAAACUAAGAUGAAUCAUUUAUGAUACUCAGAAACAGUUGCUUGGAUAUUAUCACAAUAUGACGGUUAGUAGGAAGUAAGAUAAAAUACCACUUCCUUGUUCGUGAAAGGAAAAUCCUGAUUCUUUCAUUCAGUAUUAUUAGAUAUAAGCUUGAGCGUCUACAUGCAAGUUUCAUAUUUUUCUUUAUGUGAAAACGAAAAGUGUUUUAUUCUAUAAUAAUUAAAAAAAGUUGUGUAUCCUAGAAUAUAAUCAAAAAUGAGUGAAACUCUUGCUGUGAAACACAAGAACUCUUUGAAUUUAACAGAGCAGAAAUUGCUUCAAGACAAACAUGAUACAAAGCGUUAUAAAUGCAUACCUUCGCGUAAACUACUAAUAUUUUUCAUUGCUGUGUUAUCUAUUUUCGUGGUUUAUUGGUUUAUACUGAGUCCAAUUUUAGUCCAUGUAAUUAUUAAGAAUAAUGCACAUGACAAGGACUAUAAGUUUAUUGUAUAUUGGGUAGUGGCAUUUUUCAUCUGGUUCUUUAUAAUGGUGGGCGUAGCUUUGAUUUGGAAAUGCGUCUUGAUCAAGCAAAAUGAGAAAUGUAAAUUGCAGUCAUAUGGUACGAGCAAUUCAAUUAUGCUAAGGCCCAUAAUCUGUAAAAAAGACGAUACUACGCAUAGCGUAAAGUUUAAAGACACAAAGGGAGAAAAAUCUAAAAGUACAUCAAUUCCUGAUAAAGAUAAAAUGAAAAGGGAGGCUGACGAGACAGAUAAGAACAACUCUCUUGAAAUGAGACGGAAUAAAAGUAAGAAGCACAAAGAUCUUCCACCUCUUAUGAUACAUCGCCGUAAUUCCGGCAAUAACAUUGAAAAUCCUGGGAACGUAAAUCUAACAAGUGAUACUGAUGAAAAUGAUGAAGACACAUUAAAAUCGGGAAAAAUUACCCCUAAAAUUCAAAGGCAAUCGAUGCAAGAUUAUUUGAAAUUGGUAACAGUUACUCCAGAAGGCGAAAUGGAUACUCCAAAAUCUCCAAAAGGACCACUGUCGCCGAGAGACUUAUUUUUUAUUGAUCUUAUCAAAGCAGCCGAGGAAGCAGAUAAAAAUAAAGAGGACGGCAGUGCCAAAGAAACAGAUGGGAAACAUUUCUUUCCAAAUAAUUUCUCACCGACCGAAAAAGACAUUGCUACUGAUGCAUCAAAUGAGAAUGAAGUGCCUGAUAAUCCGUUAUCGAACAAUGACCACGAUCCAACUUAUUUUAUCGCAAAUAUAGAAAGCCCAAAAUGCGAGAAGACGGAAGUAUGCAUAGAUGUUAAUCCAGAACCAGAAACAGUUGCACCACAUUUGGUUAAUUUAUUAAUUAGAGACUCUGCGAUUACAAUAGAAGAAUCAAUAAACAAUAAAAGUGAAAAAGAUGAAAAGGAUGAAAAAAUUGUUGUAUUUAAAGUGUAGUUACACACACAUUUUUGAUAGAAUAUUUAAUAUUGUAUUAUAAAAUAUUAUAUAAAUUAUAUUAACUUAGAUAUAUCACAGCAAAAUAAUUAGAUGCUGAUAAGGAUCGAAAUUCCGUGUGUGUAAAAUAAUAAUUUUACAUUUAAAGUCAAUGCUACGACAAUCACAUUG